AUGACGAGCUCAUCAUCCGACGACAAGCCCUUGCGGUACGCCUGUGACCGUUGUCACUCUCAGAAGCUAAGGUGCCUACGCUCUGUAGAGCCUGAGAAGGGAAGCCCCGAAGAGCCUUGCUCGAGGUGUCGUAAGGCUGGCGUCCCUUGCGUUGUCAGCCUCCGGGGCAAGGUUGGCAGACCGUCCAAGGCCACGAAGAAAAAGCAGCACUCAAACUCAGUGAGCCAGACCCCAGAGCCAGACCUUGCCAGAAUUCCAACCUCAUCUGGGAUUCUGGGCAUGAGUGACGCGGGGUCAUCUGCUACUCCAACAAGAAUGGACGACGAUAUUAUGAGUAGCGCAGGCAGCCGACCAUGCAGUGACCCAAGAGUCUUUCCAGAUCUCAUUGGUCCUUCGCUGGCCAACCUACCUUACGAGCCGUUCAUCAUGGACUUUGACACGCAGAUGGAUCUGUCUCCCUUUGGCAUGCCGCACAUUAGCGGUAUACCACCCCCAGCUAGCGGAAGCCUGCCCGGCUUCGAUGCAGAGACGAAGACGAUUGAUACAGCCAUUCUCCAAGAUCUUAUGGAUGGGGACUCGUCACUGGGUAUGCCGACACCGUCGGGUCUAUUUUCACACAGUGAUCUCAGCCCCAUGCAAGCACCGUCCCUGGCGCCAGACAGCCUCAUGUCUUCCACCAUUCCCACGACCGCCAAAAACUCCCCCUCAGACGAAACACCCCUCGUCGACUUCUCCAGCACGGCUUGCUACCAAACACUUUCCAACCUCAACCUCCGCAUCCUCGCCUCCACUGCUAAGACGGGCCCCACCGCCAACAACAGUGCAGUGAUACUGAAAGAUGUUGUCGGCUUCUCUGGCGAGCUGAUUGACACGGCGAGGCAAAGCAUGCCUUACUUUAGUGGCUCAGGGCAUCAGACUCGUGGCUCCAUUGGCUCGAGGACCAGCUCAACUAGCUCUGGUAGCGAAGGCGGGUUCUCAUCGACGGACUCAUACUUCAGCGGUGCACAGAUGGGCUCCGUCCCCGAGUCAGCCGUCAUAUUUUUGCUUUUGGGUUGCUACACUCAGAUCCUUCACCUCUUUGAGGUCACCACCAACUGUCUUUGGGAGCAGCAUGGCGAGAAUCCGCAGUCAGAGCACACCAAGGAGGACAACUCGGGUACAGUUGGCUCCCUACUGGAAGCGUCACUGGCAAUACACACCGUGACAUACCUCCUCAGCCGGCUCCAUAGAGCCUUGGCCGUGGGCGAAGGAUCGUUAGAGGAAGAGGUUUCCUCUAUCGAUCCUCAUUUAUGGAAGAAGUCAUUUGUGGGAGGAAAGGAGUUAGAGGACGGUUUGCUGGGACGGGCGUUUGGCGAAAUCCGGCAGAGAGAACUCUGGUUGAUGCAAAGAACUCAGCAUCUGCAGCGGCGUAUCAAUACGUGCCGUAUAUAG